AUGAUGACGCUGGAUGGUAAGGACGGGUCAGACGGGCCACACAGGCCAGACGGGCCCAUCGGCAGGGACUCCCUCAUCGCAGACAAGCCCGAUAACUACGACGAGAGUGACGACUGCGACGGUUACGACGACUACAAAGGCAUCAGCUACGGAAUGAUGCUAAAGAAAGUGGUGCGCAGGUCAAUAAACGACUGGAGUCUCUUUUGCGACCGAGUGGAUAACGACAACGGAGACAAUUGUAACUACCUUAGAAGCGCCCUCAUCCAGUACUGCCGACACAUGAGGGAGUGCUUCCUAAAAAUCCUGGAGAUAAAUACAUUCAGGAGAAACUACAAAGAGAUUAAUGAUAUAAUUAAGCUCAUUUUAGAAUAUAGAGAAAAUUAUAGAGAACUUAAGAGCAAGUACCAGUAUGAGUUAUAUCUGUGCAAAGUAAAGAUGAUGGAUCUGCAAAUCAACGAAGGCAAUGUUCUGUGCGCUAUGGAUUUAUUGUCCACAGGGAGGUAUACGAGGUUCCCUCUGCUUUUCAAGGGCAUCUUAACGAAUCCAACAGAUUCUUUCAUUCCCAACUUAGAUACGAAUCAAAUAAAUAUCUUAAAAAAACGAAUUGUUGAUGAAUUUCUGAUCAAUUAUUAUUCAUCCAGGAUACCUAAGGAUAAAGUAAAUUUUGUAUUUUCGGACGGAUUCAUAGAGUUAGAUGUGGUUAGCGAAGUGAAGGUCUCUCUUAUCACCGACUUUGUUACAUGGAGUAUAGUCAAGGCAGACAUCUUCUUCCUACGCCAAAUGAAUUUGCACUCUUCCCAUAACUUGAAUCUCAUCAGUUUGGUGAGCUAUGGAGUUGUGCAGAAAAUGAACGAAAUGGUGAGGGGGGAGAAGAAGAUAAGUGGAGAGGUAGAAUCGAAGCUGCCUGGAGUGGUGGACGCUGCCCCUCAGGGGGAUUCCCCCCCUGAAGAUAGCGACACGGAUAGUUCCCAUAGCGAUGAAUUUUUACUAAAGAUAAAAGGAGGCUCCCAACACAGUGACAGACAAAUACACACGGACGAAAUGCGCCAUGCUCGAAUGAAUCCCAUCGAGCAGCACUACCAUAGAGAGCAGGAAAAAAGGACCAAAGCAGAGGAGACGCUACCACUGGCGGACGUACUCUACGAGAUUUACAAAAUCAGUCACUUCUAUUGUAGUGUGCAAAUUAUGGAGUUCUUUAAAGGCUGUAUAAAUCAGUAUAAUACGUUUAGCUACACGGUGAAGAAACUUCUUAUUUAUAAGUGCUUUUCGAAUGGCACAGUGGAGAUGACUCCCUCUUGUUAUAACUACAGUCUGACUGAUAAGGAUGCAUCACUUCAUCUGGAUAUUCAUUUGUAUGAGUGCCAACUCAGCAAAGGGAUGUAUAACUGGUUCGAGAAAAUCCCCCUACUUGAUCAGUAUGGUAAAAAAAAAAUGAUCCUUAAAUUUGUCCUAAACAACGAAAAUGGGAACAUAAAAGCAUUUCUGUGGCCAUUUAGUUUUUUUAAAAAGGGGAAGAAGGAAAACAUCCGUACGGAUGACAUUUUAACUUACUACGAGUUUGUCUACUGUGGUGCACUGCAGAGGAGGAUGAAGAGACUCUUCAUGUUUGACCCGGCUCAUAUUCACCUGGAGAAUUGGUUCAGUCGGGUCGCCAAAUGUGUCACGAGUCUUUUGUUCUCUAUUUUGAAGGCAUUUAGCUCAUCCGGGGGGGAACCACUCCAGGGGGUAGACAGCAUGGAUCGCAUCAGGAGCAGCGAGAGUUCCUUCGAAAAUAACGCAAUUGGGGUGCAUGAGUUGAUACAAGAUUACUUCUUCGAUUUGGGUUACAUCCGUGGGGAGCUGCGCUGUGAGGACGAGGGGGUGAACAGCCCAACGGGUGGUACCACCCCAGGCGGAGGAGAAGACGACGGGGAGGUGGAAAAGAACAACGGGGUGGGGGAAGAGAACAACAUGGAGAGAGGUGACAAUAACACAGAGGGAGACACCAAAGUAGCCUUGACGCCCCUACAGAACCGCAUCAAAACAGUGCUGAUGAGGAAGAAAAAGGGAGACUUCUGCCUUCUAACAUACACCUUCUACGAACAGAAAAUCAACCUCUUCCUAACUAGGCAAAGCGAAAAGUUUACCUUCAUGUGCCACUGGAAGAGCAAAACUUUUAUCGACAUGAUCAGUCUCCACUACGAUCUUAAGCUCGUCAUAUAUGUGGUGUAUCUACUGAAGCGGUUCUCCCUAUAUGUGUACCUCUACAACGAGUUGCAAGAAAGGUUUCUCCAGGUAAAUCCAGGAAGAAUCUUCAAUUACGAGCUGGAAAGGGAUGACUUCUGUCCCAAUUUCUUCGUUCACAAAUUGAAACUUCAUGAUUUGUUAAAGAAAUACAACUACUCAGCAAACAUCGUUUUGACCAAAUUCCUCCAGAGCUUUUUUUCCUUUAUCGAUUUUUAUUUUUAUCUUCCGUGUAGUGAGGAGAUGGACGGGGCCGAGGGGCGGCCCACUCAUGGGGGGGGUGCCCCCAAGGGGGGAACAUUUGAGGCGGCUCUCUGGAAAUUCCUCCACGGGGAGGUUGACAAAUCAGGCAGCUUGUCUCACCCACAGGGGAGUACUCACUUAGGAGGAAGCAACCCCAGCGAGGAAAAUCGCAUUGGCCGCUUCGAACGGAUUAAUCAUGACGAGUCCAGUUUUAGCGACAGUGCCCCUCGGUUGCCGGUGCGGGGCAGUGGAUAUGAGGAGACCCCCCAAGAGGGGAAAAAGGAAGCCACAUCCAAACACCCCUUCCGACAGAACUUCUUCUCAGUGCUGUAUUUCACCAUCUACACAUAUGAGGACACCCCCCUGUUGCUAAUCCUGCUGAUCGAAAAGGAUUGCAUACACAGAACGUACAUUGUGAUCGGUGAAAGUAACGGAGUAACUUCUGGGACAAACAAAGUACGAAGCGGACAAGGGAAGAGCAAGAAGAGACAGUUCUUUACCAUUCCACUAAUACAUAGGAGCUACCCCAUUGGAAAUCAUCUCGAAGAUUACCUGGACGGUGUACGAGAUAUGGUGAACCGAUUUUCAAAUUUAUUUUCCACGUUGGGGAAUCUGCUACAGAUGAAUUCCCGUUGUCCCGUUUUUUGCAGUCGCUUUUGUGUAGCCCCUUCGGGCGGUGGAGCAUUGAGCGGAGGUGUCGUUCAGCUUGACGAAACUGUCCAGGGAGGGGACAGACGUCUGUGGAAUAAACCCACACUUAAGCUCUCCUCCGACGAGGUGUAUACCCGACUGAGAAAAGAGAGUAAAAAGUGCUUCCUCGACCUUCAAUACUUCGUGAGUAGGAACCAGUCCAAGCGGGCGCCUCCCAGGGGGAGCGGUGACGUGCGACGAGAGGAAGCGAAUCGAGAUGAAGCCAACCGAGACGAAGCGGACCCAAACGGAGCCAACCCAGACGAUCGCUCGAGGGAGAAAUAUCCAGCGGACUACAUCACCAACUACUUGCUUCACCUGGAAUGCGAGCUGGACGCGGAGAACUACUUGAGGAGGGAAUUUCUGAGCAGCCACGGAAGAAGCGAAUUCCCCCUCCUGAUAAAGGUAAACACCUAUGGGUCCUUUUUUUUUGAAGUCCCCCUUCGGCAGAAAAGACUCCUCAAGAUAAAAGACUUCCAUUUGAAGAGAAGCAGAGAAGUUUCCUUUUUGUGCUCCAACGUGGCGGUAAAUGUCAAGGUAGAGCCUCUGGGAGGGGAAGGGGCAGACGCGCCCGCGGAGGAUUGGGUGCGGAUGAAAAAAAUGUAUCUCCUGCUGAAGGAUGACUGCUCUUCAACGAACAUUCUUCACCUCUUUUCACUCAUGAGCAAAAUAUUCUCCGUGUUGAAUUUCUUCCCGGAGCUGUACCAUCUGGAAAAAAUAAUGUCCCCCGAUAUUUCCAUCCGCAGUUGUCAUUUUGCAAACAUGACUAUUGAGUAUCACUGUGCGGUUAACAAACAGAUCGCAUGUUCUGUCGUGUUCGACGUGCUAAGUGGCGGCGACAUAACGUCUGGACAGCUGGAUAACCCAUCUGGUGAAUCGCGUCCCACAAGUGGAGAUCAAAACAAAGAGCACUUUUCAAAACGGUUCGGUGAAGGAGACACAAACAACAUCACGACAAACCGCAAGAUAAAACAAACGAGCGAUGAAGAAGACACAUUGGAAAAAUUACUCUUCUUCGACAUCAUCUUUAACUCCCCCUUUGAAUGUAUUAAUAAAUUAUUUUCUCGAGAAAAGAAGAAGCUCUUCUUGUAUUUGAAAAAAAAAAAAAGCAUUUUCAGCCUGCUGAGAUUUCUCCUGUUGACCUUUGAAUUUCACUAUAACUUUUAUACUCUAAUUAACAAGACGAGUGACCAUUUGAGAAAGAUCAAUUUUUUGCAUCCCGUAGACCUCCUGCAAGACGUUGAUUUUGAAUAUGUGAACCUCCUGACUGUUAUGUUGACAUUAAAAUGUUUUCGUAAUGACAAGGGGGUGCUGUCCUUUUAUUUGAUUCUGCACCCAGAGAACUUCUCCAAAAUUGUCAUCAUCCCUCAUUACAGGGGCAGUUAUUUGGGAAGACAUCAAAGCAGGCAGGUGUCGAUAAAGAAUUUCUUCAAAAAGGGGAAGCGGCAAGGGGGACCUUCUUCCCGACGGGGUACUGAAGGAAAAAAUGCGAAUGAGGAGGAAAGAGGCGGGGCGAUACAGCCGCGACAAGUGCCUACAAGGAAUAUUCCCGGGAUGGGCGCGUCCUCUCCUCAUUUGGCAAACGAGAAGGGUAAUCAGUGUGGUGAGAAGCAUUCCGAUCAGUCGGGAGGUCAACAUGGCCACCCACCCAAGAAGAACGGCCCACGGGACCACCCAAACAAAAACGACGCAACCACAGUGGAAGGAGGUGUCGCCAAAAGUGCAGAACCCUCCAACAAACAGGAACGCGGCAUACUAAUUGAUCACCUGGAUGAGGAAGAGCUAUUCAUAUUUCUCUUUUCCCAUUUUUGCGACAUUAUAAAUUUAAAGAGAGUGAAGCAGUCUACGAUUUCCACUCCGGGUGAAGACCUCCAUAGUGAUGACGUAAAUGCAGUACGAGAGAGCAGGUACCCCUUCAAAGGAACAGAUCAUGUCUCACAUGGAGAUGGCACCAUCGAGAACGAUCUCAAAAUUUUCGAAGAAUAUGACCUGUUCAUAUUAAACAUAAAGUACUUGUUCAGAAUGAAAGACCAGAUUGUCCUGUGGGAGGUUUUUUUCUUCCCUCCAUUUUUUCUCCACACCACCCUGUACCCUUUUAUGGAGUUUUUAAAGACGCUAAAAUGUUGGCUUGUCUUGUUGGAUCAGCUGAGAAUUGACCAUUCGGAUAUUACCCUAACGUGGUCCCAGAUAGGCGACGUUUUUCAGCAUGUAACUGCGGUUAGGAGGAGGUGGGCUCCGCCGACCGCUCUUGGGGGGGGCGCCCCAACUGGGGAGAAGCUCCCCGGGGUUGACAGCCCACCCGGCGGAAAACAGAACACAAAUGUGAGCGCAAAUGUGAACCGAAAUGUCAGCGCAAACCCAAACAUGCAGAGCCGACUCAGCGGCGCGCCCCCCGAGGGUCACACAAAUGGUCACCGCCAGGAUGACGAAAUAGUUGUGCACCUCGUGUGGUUCCUUUACAGCACCAAAGAUUUGUACGUCGACACAGCGUCCCUUGGCGAGGGGAAAACGUGCAAGAGAAGUUAUGCGGCCCUUUUGGGUGACCCCAAAGAGGGGAAUCAGGGGGAUUCGCCUGACACGGGUGACGGAAACAGCGGCGAUGGGAAAGGAGGCUAUGGCAUAGGGGACUAUGACAAAGGCGACUAUGCCAACCAAGGUGACCAUAAAAAGGUAAAGAGGCAGGAGGAAGAUGGGCAGCACAGCGCGAAAGAUCACUUCCGGGGGGACCACCACCCCCUGAGUGAAGCCAAAUCGGAAAAAAUACAAAACGUGAAAUGGGAAACUGGAGAAGACAAUCGCCUAGCAAAAAAAUGGACACACAGAGCGAACCACCUGAGCACCCCCUUUCAGAUGAACCAAACAGACACAGACAAAUUGAAACAUAUGAUCAACGCAUACUCCCACAGCAAUGAUGACAUUUUUUUAAAAAAUAAACCUCAGAAAAUAUGGUUGGGGGAGAAUUUUAUCCAGAAGGCAUACGCCCUGCGGAUUUUGGAGCCCCAAAAGGACGACCCCCCGUACGAGGAGGCCAAACGAUGGGAUCCUUUGGGGGAAGAGGGAAAAAAUGACACCAUUAGGGAGCACCAGGGGGACCAUCACGGGGAUGACGUGCUUAUGAGGAUCAACCCGUACAAAGCACCCACCAAUCGAGGGGAACCACAAAACGAUGUUGAAGAUCUGUUUUUCUUUAAUGGAGAGAAGAUGCUAAUCGGAGGCAUGAAGAACGUGAAAAGUCCUGCCUCGUCAGGAGAAGAAAACAUGUACAAAGGGGAUAUGCACUACUGGACCCAUUCAGUUGGCAUAUAUUUCGAAAAUGUUGGGGAGACUGUGGAUGAGGAGGAUUGCUGGUUUUAUCGCAGUAGGGGAAGGGGGCCCACACGGGAAGGGCAGGUCGAAAGCCACGGGGAGGGGAAAACCCGAACGAGGAAAUUCAUUCUGGAGGAACAAAACGUACUGAAAGAAAACACAAAAAUUAAUUCAGCCCUGAAUAUAAUUUACGACUAUGCUAGAAUAUGGCUCCUCAAGAUGAAUCACUCCAACGUUAUUUCCUUUUUUCGCAUCGUCAUUGAGACAAUAGUGGAUAAGAAGAAUGUAUGUGAGCUGUCUUCUCUGCUGUUUAACUCGGUUCUGUCUUACCGAGAGCAUUUAACCUUUUGGAUGUUUCCAAACAGAGAGGGUGUACCAAUGCCAUUCGUUGAAAUGGGGUUUGUACCUGAGGGGGUGAAUGACCUCGCUGCCUCCGUGGGUGUGAAAAAAGGGAUCUCCAUUUUGCAUAAUAAAUGGAUUGAACUGGCUGUUCCCGUGGAGGAAGCGGUAUACGAUCGUUAUCUCGUCGAGGGAGAAACCAACACAGGGGUGAUGCCUAACCUGGAUGGUGAGGACUCCUAUACACGUGGUAACUCGGCUACUUCCAGCAGAGGGAACAAAAUUAUCACCACGGGAGGCGGUAAUGACGUCAAGCGAGGGAACAAUCAUCCCACCCCUGCAACAGAAAAAGCGAUUAACAUAAAGUACAAAAUAUGGAGAUAUAUGCCCUCCCCAUUUAGGAAAAAAAUGUACGAACAGGAGGUUAAAGACAUUAUGGGGGGAGCCAACGAAAGCGUGACGCUCACGUUUAAAAUAUCAUCAGUACUGCCAAUUAAAAACUUAAAGGAGGUGUACAUAAAUGACGAGCCGUUUGUCAAAUUUCUCGUGAGGCACAAAAUCGACUUAAAUGUUGCUCACCAGAGGGUCAUGACCAUUUUGCAGAAAUACAACCUGAUGGCAAACUACUCCCUCGUUGCCACGCAGACCGUCCUCCACCGCUCCACUUUCGAACUGUUGCUAAAGGGAGGGGCCAACGACAGCGAAUGA